AUGUCGCCUGUAUUUCUCGCGCUUCUGGCGGGCGCGUUCUCUCUACUUUGCUUCUAUCUGUAUCUGAAGAACAACUAUUGGAAGAGAAACGGGAUUCCAACUGUCAAAGGAUGUCUGCCAGUUUUGGGCCACAUGUUGCCGAUGCUAACGAAACGAAUGAAUUUCUCCGAAUUCGUUCGUCUGGCUUACGAGGAGCACAAGGAUAGCAGCAUGGUCGGGAUCUACAAAGGAACGAAGCCAGUUUUAAUCGUUCGGGAUCCGAAUCUGGUGAAAAACGUGCUGCAAAGUAAUUUCUCCAACUUCCACGAGAACGGGCUCAAAAUUAUACCAGAGCUGGAUCCCCUUCUAUCUAAAAAUCCGUUCUUCUGUUACGGAGAACCAUGGUCGAUCGGCAGGAAACGCCUGACCUACGCGUUUUCCAACGUCAGAUUGAAGAUCCUCUUCGCAGCUGUCAGCGGAGUGUGCAAAAAGUUCGAGGACUUCCUGGACAGGCAACUGAAAACGUGCAACAAGUACGAAGUCGACCUGAAAUCAUUAUUCUUGAGGUUCACCGGCGAGGUUGUGGCGAACGCUGGUUUAGGCAUCGAGGGAUACUGCUUCGAAGAUGCCGCUGGCGCCAAUUCCUUUUAUAAACUUACCGGUAACACGUUCACGGAAUCGUUGGUAACCAUAAUCAUCCUCCAUUUCUCGAGUAUCAAUCGUCUGCUGAAGUUCAAUUUCCUGCCUAAAUCAAUGGACGAAUUUUUCCGGAAGGUCGUCAGCGAAAAUUUGAAAGUCAGACGAAACGACUCGACAACUAGGAACGAUUUCCUUCAAUUGAUGAUCGACAUGGAGAAGACCGGCGAGGUGAUCGACGAAGAGAGUGUAUCGGCACAUGCAGUUUCCUUCUAUAUUGACGGAACCGAGACGUCCAGCGUUACGCUGAAUAUGAUUGGUCACAACUUGGCCGCUCAUCCAGAGGUUCAAGAGAAACUGAGAAAGGAGGUGAAGUCGACGAUCGAGAAGCACGGCGGUUUGACGUUCGAGGCACUGAAGGACAUGACGUAUAUGAAUCAAGUGAUUAACGAGUCUCAAAGACUUCACUCGGGUCUCGGUUUCUUGCACAAAAUGUGCACCAAUGAAUUCGAGCUGCAAGGGUCGGACGGGCUGACUUAUCGCAUAAAACCUGGCACCGAACUGAUCAUAUCCGUUAUGGGUCUACACACCGAUCCAAAGUACUGGGACAAUCCGGAUGUUUACGAUCCGGAACGGUUCAACGACGAGAGGAAACAAACUAUAGAAAAAAUGACGUUCCUUCCGUUCGGCGAGGGGCCGAGAAUCUGCGUUGGAAUGAGAAUGGCACUGUUGCAGAUGAAGGCUUGUUUGGCUACUUUGCUCAGCAACUAUAAAUUGGAAUUGUCACCGAGAACGCAGGUCCCGCUGAAGAUGUCGCCGCAUUAUUUCCUGUCGGAGCCGAUUGGCGGAAACUGGGCGUAUAUCUCUAAGCUUUGA